GGGCGGGGGAGGUUCGCGGCGCGAACAUUUCAUAGGGAAAAAGACGCUGGAGAGGUCCAGAUGAAUGCGUUGCGUACGCUCCGCGGCUCCGCGGGGGCCCUUGUGGAGUCCGGCGGGGUGCUGAUUGCGACGGCGAAGAGAGUCGAGAGCUUGCGGUCGCCGGUGGGAUCGCAUUCUCUUGUCAGAAGGGGCGCCCAGGUGGUAGUUCGACGUCGCAGCGUCGACUCUGGCCUUGGAGAGCUCCUCGGCGAGAAGCCAUUUUCAUCAGGAACAGGAACUGGUCAUCAUCGAUCAACCUGUGCAGAUUAUCAUACGACUAUAUUCUACGCAGAGGAAGGGGAGGACGCCAUUUGGCGGCGAAGGAGCCGACUUCCGAUCACAGUGUGUGGAUCGGACGCUCGUGGGGGGCUUGCCGCCGGGACAGAGAUAUCUGAAGACAACAUGGGCAACGACAAGCAGAUCGAAGCACCUUACGGUGCAUGGAGAUCCCCCAUCAGCUCGGACGUCGCGACGGGGAAAAUGCUAAGGCUAGGGGGCGCAGCCAUCGAUGAUGACGGGCGUGUCAUCUGGCUAGAGGGGAGGCCGAGCGAGAGCGGGAGAAGCGUGUUGGUGAGGGAGCGGGAAGGCCCAGGAGAUGGAGAUGGAGAUGGUGGCGAGCGUCCUCCGUUAUCUUUUUCGUCUGCGGUAGAGGAAUCGUCGAUCGCAGGGGAGGACUUGACACCAGAAGGGUUCGAUGUGCGCAGUCGUGUACACGAGUAUGGCGGCGGCGCUUUCACAAUCUGGCGGGACAGCAUCUUGUUCACCAACGGUCCAGAUCAAAGCAUCUAUCAUCAGCGAAUCUCGAACAAGGACGAUUCGGGCACUGGAACAUCCAUCGCUAGGGCAAUUACCCCCGCUGAGGAGGGGCAAGUGCUGAGGUAUGCCGACGGGGUUGUAGAUGAAAGAUUCAAUCGGAUCGUGUGUGUGAGAGAGCAUCACGGGAGAGGUGGGGAGCCGGCGAACGAGAUUGUGGGUGUAAAGCUGGCGAGAGAUGCAGGUGGUGGAGACGGAGGGAUCGAGCAGAGGACGAGGCGGGAGGAGGAGAAGGAGGUGGAGGUGCUGGUGUCUGGGGAUGAUUUCUACAUGUUCCCAAGGAUAAGUCCAGACGGGAAGAGGCUGGCAUGGAUCUCCUGGUGUCAUCCCAAUAUGCCGUGGGAUCAGACAUGUCUAUGGGUUGGCGACAUAUCUCAAAGCGGGAAGAUAGAUAAGAAAAUAUGUGUAGCGGGAAAGUCUGAGGGAUUGUUGGAGGCGCCCACUGAGCCGAGCUGGUCACCUUCAGGGGAGCUCUUCUUCGUCUCCGAUAGAGGCAGCGGGUGGUGGAAUCUCUACCGUUGGAUCGACUCCCCUCCUUCCUCUAGCGAUGGCGGCGGCUUCGUCGAAGCUGUUCUGGCUAUGGAGGCGGAGUUCUCCCGGCCCGCCUGGAUCUUCGGCAAUCGAAGCUACACCUUCGCGCCUGAUUGGCACUCUCAUCCCACAAUCAUUGCCGUCUACAGACAGAAUGGCAUUGCUAAUCUUGGCUUGAUAGACGUUAGGAGAAUGCGGCUGACGCCCGUGGAGACGGGGUACACGGAGAUCUUCUCCGUGCAGUGUGGCGGCGCGGCGGGAAGAGUGGUAAUGCAUGCCGCGUCAGGCGUUCAACCCGAGAGCAUCGUGGAUGUCAAGAUCGAUUACGAACGCAGAUCAGCGACCACGAAGGUAAUCAAGAGUGCUUGCGAUGUCGACGUCGCGAAGGUCUUCGAAGGGUAUCUCAGCGUGCCACGUGUUGUCGAGUUCCCCACAACAGUGUACGACGAUGGCGAAGAAGAAGAAGAAGAAGCAGAAGGCGCAGUAGGAAAGGAGGGUGGCGUGAAGGGAGGUAGCGAAGAGAGGAAAUGGACGGCAUUUGCGCUUUUCUACCCGCCAUCUAACCCAGAUUACGUGGCGCCAAAGGGGGAGAAGCCCCCCCUGCUUGUGCGGAUUCACGGUGGACCGACGGCGGCCGCCGACACGGCGUUGCGACUGUCUUAUCAGUAUUUCACGUCGAGAGGAUGGGCAAUCGCUGACGUGAAUUAUGGCGGGAGCACGGGGUACGGGCGCGCGUUUAGGGAGCGCCUGAAGGGUAGAUUGGGGAUUGUGGACGUGGAAGAUUGUUGUCGUUGUGCGGAGUACCUGGUCGCUCAAGGGAUGGUUGAUGGUAAUCGGUUGACGAUAGAGGGGUCUUCUGCCGGGGGUUACACCACACUGGCGGCGCUGACCUUUCGAGACACCUUCUCCGCCGGUUCCUCACGCUACGGUAUCGCGGAUCUGCGCAUUCUGGCGGAAGAGACGCACAAGUUCGAAGCCAGGUACUUGGACGGGUUAAUUGGUCCGUUGUCGACAUAUGGCCACGCGUACGAUGAUCGAUCUCCCAUCAACCACGUGGAGAAUCUGCGCCGACCUCUCAUCCUUUUCCACGGGCUGGAAGAUGCAGUGGUCCCUCCUUCACAAUCGCGUGCCAUUUAUACCGCCGUCAAAGAAAAAGGACUCCCCGUGGCUCUCAUCGAGUUCGAAGGAGAACGGCACGGCUUCCGGAAAGCCGAGAAUUUGAAAAAGACGUUGGAGUACCAGUUGCUAUUCUUUGCGCGCGUGCUACCUGGCGGCAUCCAGCUUGCCGAUGACAUUGAGCACUUCGACAUCGACAAUCUCCACGACUAACCCGACUUUCUCUGUGUUGUAACUAUGGUAGCUCACCCACAACACAAUUUUUGGAUUUUGUCAACUCUUAGCUCUUUCUCUCUCUCUCUCUCUCUCCCUCACACACACACACACACACGCACACACACACACACUUUGUUUUGCAACUAUUGUAGCUGACCCACAGUUUUGGGAUGUUGUUCAACUCUUAGCCCUCUCUCUCUCUCUCUCUCUCUCUCUCUCUCUCUCUCUCUCUCUCUCUCUCUCUCUCUCUCUCUCUCUGUGUCUCUCAUCCUUGGCAACUUGGACUUCAGAGUGGGUCACCUGAGUUGAGAACUUUGGAUCAAAACGGGUGGUUUUGUUGCUCUCCGUGUAGAAGAGGUAGUGCCAACAUAAUGUUACGUGCAGACCUCAGGCCGUCUUGGCUCCUGAGGUACCUCCUUUAGACAAACUCAAGCCUAAGGCCUUCUUGGGGCCUGAGGUUCCGUCUUUAAGUUCACAGGCGCACGUGCAUUUCAUCAAAACUUCCAAGAGCAGAACUUGAAUUGGCUUUUCAUUUCAUUUGGUUCCGUUUCAUUCGCCACUGGGAUCAGUCGCUAGCAGUCAUGCCAGGCUAGCGGGCCACUGCAAAUGUCUUUAUAAUAUCAGCGAUAGUAAGAUCAUGUUAUCCCCUCCCCACCCCCUUAGAAGUUGAGCUUUGAGAUCUGUUCGCAACGCCUAUUAACAAC